AACGGGCUGGAUCAUCACAAACGUGUGCUUGUGGACGCUGGACUUGUAUGAACCAUACCAAUAACAAAAUAUUUCAUGUUGAGAAGAAUUAGGAGUGGGUCAAGCUUGUUCUUUUCAUUUCUUUUUUCCUCCCUGGAGUUAAAUUGGGCAAAUCAAUUGGCAGUAGUGGAUUUUCUCUACCUUACACUAUUUUCAAGGCAUUAAAACUACAGUAACGCUUUUAUAUUGUUUUUAACUUAAUUGAGUUAAUUUUGACUAAAUGACAUGAUUGAUGGAUUUUCACAUCCAUUAAUCAUAAGCUUGUUGAUGCUUUUAUAGCAUUAAAAAAAUUGCAGUGGUUUAAUAGCAUAAAGAGGCGUAUUGAUGAUGAUAUUAGCCAAUUUUGGAAUUUGGCAAAAGGAAAAGGGAAGAAAAAAACAGAGAUUUUGUAAACGGAAAACAGAACCGUAUUUCUAGCGAACCUUAACUGAAGGUGUUUUCAAGUUAGAAGAAAAGCAGACAUGGUCCGGUACUUCAGACUUUUACCGUUACAAUGAUCAGGACAUAACAAGAAAUAGACAAUUCCAGUGCCCCCCAUUUUCUUCCACAAACUCAGAAGGUCCAAAAAAAAAAAAAAAGAGCGCAUCACUCCUAAGCAAAGCAACAAUUAUUCCAAUUUCUCUUCUCUUUAUUCUCUAUUUUGUCUCAUGCUUUUUCUUCGCUUUUCCCUCCAAACCACCCCCUUCAACUCUCCCUCUCUUCUCCCCUUAUUUCAAAUUCCAUUCCCCUUCUAUUCUCUCCAACGUUAUUUCACUCUCACCCGCCAUCCCCUUCCACCUAAGCCCUUCUUCUCUGCCCGCGAUGUCUAUGUCUGCAACGUCAGGAUUGGACGGUUGUCACGGGCCGGUAACAUUAAAGUGGCCCGCCAACUGUUUGAUAAUAUGCCAGCUCCCGACGUCGUCUCAUGGAACUCUAUCAUUACCGCCUACUGGCAAAAUGGGUGUCUCCAAGAAUCAAAGACACUUUUUGGUUUAAUGCCUGGAAGAAAUAUACUCUCCUGGAACUCUAUGAUCGCCGGUUGUGUUGAAAACGGAAGCGUAGAUGAAGCUUUCGAGUACUUUAAAGCAAUGCCCGAGAGAAAUAUCCAGUCGUAUAAUGCGAUGAUAUCGGGGUUUGUGAGAUGGCAGAGGGUAAAUGAAGCUGGAAUGCUUUUCCAAGAAAUGCCUAGAAAGAAUGUGAUAUCUUAUACGGCGAUGAUUGAUGGGUAUUUGAAGAUAGGGGAGGUUGAGAAGGCGAGAGCUUUGUUUGAUGGGAUGCCGCGUAGGAAUGUUGUUUCUUGGACUGUGAUGAUUAGUGGCUAUGUUGAUAAUGGCAAGUUCGAUGAAGCUAGGGACUUGUACGAGCGGAUGCCUAAUAAGAAUAUUGUUGCUAUGACGGCUAUGAUAUCGGGGUAUUUUAAGGAAGGGAGGGUCGAGGAUGCAAGGGCCUUGUUUGAUGGAAUUCGUAAUAAGGAUCUUGUGUGUUGGAAUGCAAUGAUAGCAGGUUAUGCACAAAAUGGGAUUGGAGAGCAGGCACUGAAGUUGUGUUCAGAAAUGGUUAGGCUGGGUAUCCAACUAGAUAAUUUGACCCUUGUUUCUGUUUUGACUGCCUGUUCUGGUCUUGCAUCUGUUAAGGAAGGCAGGCAAAUGCACGUGCUUGUUAUAAAAAAUGGGUUUGAAUUGGAUCUUUCUUUGUGUAAUUCCUUGAUUACAAUGUACAGUAAGUGUGGUAGCAUCCUUGAUGCUGAGCAUGCUUUUAGACAAAUGAAUGGAGCAGGCCUUGUUUCAUGGAAUACAAUCAUUUCUGCUUUUGCCCAGCAUGGUUUCUAUGAAAAAGCUAUUGAUUUCUUCAACCAGAUGGAAGUGGUUGGUUUUAAACCAGAUGGGGUAACCUUUCUUAGUUUAUUAUCUGCUUGUGGUCAUGCAGGAAAGGUAAAUGAAAGCAUGAAAUUUUUUGACUUAAUGGUAAAAAAAUAUGGGAUUUACCCCAGACCUGAACAUUAUUCUUGCUUGGUUGAUAUACUUAGUCGAGCAGGUCAGCUGGAAAAAGCAUCCAAGAUAAUUCGAGAGAUGCCUUUUGAAGCUGAUGCUGGGGUCUGGGGUGCUCUUCUAGCUGCCUGCAGUGUUUACUUGAAUGUAGAAUUAGGGGAAUUAGCAGCAAAGAAAAUUGUGAAAUGGAAUCCAGAGCAUUCUGGUGCUUAUGUUGUUUUGUCUAAUAUAUAUGCUGCAGCUGGCAUGUGGGAUGAAGUCACAAGAGUGAGGCUACAGAUGAAAGACCAAGGAGUAAAAAAGCAAUGCGCAUAUAGCUGGAUGGAGAUUGGUAAUAAGGUGCACCACUUCCUUGGAGGGGAUAUCUCUCAUCCAGACACCAACAAGAUUCAUUCAGAGAUUAAGAGUAUUAGUUUACAAAUGAAAUCCCUGGUUAAUAUUGCAGAAAUUGAUUUGUUGUGGAGUGGUUUUGGUUGACAUAUAUCUCAAUAUGAGUUAUAAUUCCUGAUAGAAAACCUGAACUCAUUUGGCUAAAACCAAUGGGCAUAUCUUAUGGCAAGAGAAAAAUAUUGCAGGUUCCAAUGCAUCACUAGUCAUAGAAUUUCAGGAGAAACAGGGAAGCGACAAUAUUUCAUAAGUUGCAGAAUGUCACCACACUUACUGAGGUAGAACCUUGUUAUGACAAGUUGUUAAACAUAGCCUGUUGUUUCUCUACUUAUCUGCUAUCAACACCUUGGGCUGCUCUGUUUGUGAUUGUGACUGAAGUUGUUUAUUUGUUAAAUCAAUGAAUUAUCAACUCUUUAGUGCUAUAAAUUUGUGCAGAGACACUAGAAGAUUAUUCUUUCACAACCAAUGAAUCAUUAAAUAUUUCUGCCUAUGCCACAAAUUUGGUGAUGUUGGAGACAUUGAUCCUAACACUUUCAGUCAUACUGAGAAGGCAUGUGGUGUAACUCCACCCCUAUAUGUUAUAUGAUAGGAAUGGAAUUGAUGGUGAGUAUUUAUGCUGGAAGAUAAUGCAAUAGAGUACUGCCUGAGUCAUUUGUGGCACCUGUGACCAAUGUCUUAAAAUUGAUCUGACCAAUGAAGGGACACCUUUUUUGUAUUAGCUAUAUGUGGCCCUUAAACGCUUUGGCUCAUACUCCGGACAAUUAGUUGUGUACCAUCUAGGUUAGGUAGGAUGGACUAUAAUCUGCCUGGUGGUGCUGGUGCUUCCGUGGAUUGUGACAUAAUUUGCAGCAUCAGUAGAGAACUUUCUGGCAGGGAUUACCUAGGGGCUCUUUCAUAGCUGUGCUGAAGGAUGAAUACAUGACAAGUGACUACUUCAGCAAUUAGUUGAAUAAUCCGAUGAGAUAGGACUAAGUGACUGGUAUACUCACAUGCUAUAGAGGAGGAAAACUAGGAUCCACUGCAGUUCCAUGAAGAAAUCAGUAAGAUUAAUGAUCUGCUUUUCGAAUUGUAUUUCCAGAAGUUGAACAUGCUUUGCAUUGUUGAUUGGUCAAGUCAGUAAGCGGUUUACAUACUAGUUUUUCUUUAUUCCAUUUUAGUCAACAUAUUAUAAGCCAAUUAUUGGACAGAUUAAGGUGAACAUUUAUGUGAUAAAAUGCAAAUCAUAUGUCCAAUUUUGAUUUUUCCAUUUGUCUUAUGAGGAUUACAAACUACUUUUUACUCUAUUAAUCAGUUGAGAAUUAUGUAAACUUUGCCAGGGAUUACUUACAGAUUGCUUUGCCCAAUUUUCACUUACUUUCAUUUCAACUUGAUAUUCCUACAUACUUGAAGAGGGGAAAACAUGAGCAAAUGCAAAUCUCAUUUUUCUAUUAUAAAUUUAUAACACUAUCGGUAAUGGAUAGUCACCCUUCAAUCUCAGUGCAUGAGACCACAUUGUAGUCAUCUGAAUCAGCUGUAUAUUUCCAAAGACCCUGUAACAGAUUGCUGCCGGUUUUUUGUCCUUGAGAUACGUUAAACACUUAGACAUAGUUCCACUUUAAGUUUCUUUUCAUCUAGGGAGGCCAAAGGGAGAGACACAGAGAAUCAGGCACGUCCGAAAUGUGAGCAGAAAAUUAGAAAGAGUUUUCAAGUAGGUAUUGAUGCCAUGGAAAGAUGACGCUGGUACCACCAAGCAUUUGUGAUUUUGUUGAUUGUAAUUAGUAGGCAAUGCAGCUUUUUUCCCUACAAUGCAUCUCCUUUGUAAUUGUCUUGUCAAAAAGAAGACAAAA